UGUCGACCGACGAAAACUUCGUCUGCUCAACAAGCCGACUCCCAUCGGAAUCGGCUCUCGUCUGUCUACACUGAUAGCUCAUCUGCCCACCAGAUCUCCCCUUCCAGUCUUCCGAGCAGUUCCGCGACAUCUGAUCUCCGACCUCCUCGUUUCACCGGUCCGCCUAGGACCGAUUCUCUCUCCGACCUCUCGCCCAGCCUCGAGGCAAUCGGUCAAGCCUGCCCCUCCAAUCGAGCCUCUCCCAAGCCGCCCUUUGAGGAAGAGCUCUUUGAGUCGGCCGCCGAUUGUCCGGCAGCUUUGACGCUGGAGCAGCCGAUCUCUACCACUUGGCUUGCGUCCCUUUCGCCUCUCGGCUCUAGAACAGGUUCCCUGGGCCAGUUGCUCCUCUUCUUGGAGGCCGGCUGCGAAGAGAGCUUCGGUGACAUCGGACAGUACCGCCUCAAUGAGGCCGGCUCCGCCCAGCCGGACGGCGUAUGGCCGUAUUUAAGCAAUGUCACCCACAAUCUCACCGACUGCCUGCCACGGAAGCGAGUCCUGACGCACGACUCCCUCGCUGGUACAGCUAGGCCCACAAUUCUUGGUACCGAGGGCUCAGGCUGUCCCGCAUACGCGUCGCCUCUCCAGUCGGCCACCGGUCCGGACCUGCAGACCACGACGGCGGCAGCAGCGGCGCUGAGGACGGCUCGAAGACACUCAUUUCGGCUCGUUGGCCGGGCCUGCAAUGAGGCCAGACAGAAGGCCGAAGAGAAGGUCGUGGGGCACGGCUGGAAGCGUACCGGUUCGCUGCAAUUGCUGACACAUUCGGGAGCAGGUAGGCCUUCUGUCGAUGCCCGGUUGGCGCGGAGUCGACAGGUGAUGCAUCUUCUGCCGGAAUCGGCGAGACCGUCCGCCGGAGACGCUCAUCUCUUCUUUGCGUCAUCCGCCAAUUCGUCCUUCUCUUCACCAGUCACUCCUCAGCCUUGCUCAAAGCCCCCACGAACUCUACCCACCGCCUAUAUUUCCCCGACACAAGCAUCCGAGUUCACUGUCCCUCCAGCUCGAUCGGUAGAUCUGACAGCCGAACCGCCUCAUGUCUACUCCGUCACAUUUAGAGACGACAUCUCUUUCAGUCCGCCGGUUGAGGGUAACUUUAGAGAUGGCCAUGCGCUUGAUGUCCUGCUUGGUUCCUUUUGUGCUUACUGCGGUUGGACUGAUGAAAGUGGUGCUAUUGAAGACAAAAUAGCAGUUACCAAAAAGAGCCAUCUUGACGGGCCAGUGACGACGGCCUCGCAGCAUUUGAAGAAGCCAGUUAGAGACCGAAAUCCAAGAAGUGGACACAGAGAGCGAGACCGUGAGCGGCGCUAUUGGGACAGCCCGUCUGAGAGCAGUGGACCCGCCACUGGCCGGCCGCCAGUUUGCCAUAUCAACGAAUUUCUUGAUGAGCACUUGCAGCAACUGUAUCUGCUGGCAGAAGAUGUGGAACGAGACAGUCUAGACAAAAAGUAG